UGUGUAUUUUGCAACUUUGCUUGCACCAGUCACACAGGCUGAGUGGUUCCAGGCUACACUAGAGGGACAGAUUCCAGGUGAAAUACACUUUGACUCUAUUCCAAGGGAGACGGACUGUGUGUGGUUUUCAGUGUUAGGAAGUGUUCAAAAAAUGACCAAAAGGUCAGAAUCUACUCAAAAAGAUGGAAAAGUGGACACAAGUGGACACAAAGUUUCCAAAAGUGAGAGCCAGUCAGAUCCCGAUGGAAAAAUGCAGGACCAGGACGACAGGAAGGUGGGACUGGGGAAAAAGGUGACCCUGCUCCGAGGAAUAUCCAUCAUCAUCGGCACCAUCAUCGGUGCCGGGAUCUUCAUCUCUCCAAAAGGCAUCCUGAAGCACUCAGGCAGUGUAGGAAUGUCCCUCAUUGUGUGGAUCGCCUGCGGUGUGCUGUCCCUGUUCGGAGCCCUGUGCUACGCUGAACUGGGGACUUGUAUUAAGAAGUCUGGUGGACACUACACAUAUAUACUGGAAGCCUUUGGACCUCAGAUGGCAUUCAUAAGACUAUGGGCUGAUCUCAUAGCUAUAAGGCCUGCAGCGAUGGCAGUCAUCUCUCUGGCCUUUGGUCAGUACAUCCUGGAGCCUCUGUUCAUGCCCUGUGCAAUCCCCCCCAUGGCUGUCAAGCUGGCCACCGCCAUCGGCAUAACUUCUGUUAUGUACCUGAACAGUAUGAGUGUGACAUGGACAGCGAGGAUUCAAAUCCUCCUCACCUUCAGCAAGCUGCUGGCCAUCAGCAUGAUCAUAGUACCUGGAAUGUACCAGCUCUUUAAGGGAGAGACCAAGAACUUUGAGAAUGCCUUUGAGCUGAGCAAUGUGAAGCUGUCUGGAAUGCCACUAGCCUUCUACUCUGGGAUGUAUGCAUACGCUGGGUGGUUCUAUUUGAACUUUCUGACAGAGGAGGUAGAUAACCCUGAGCGGACUAUACCAUUAGCUAUCGGUAUCUCCAUGGCGAUUGUGACUUCCUGCUACGUGCUGACCAAUGUGGCAUACUACACUGUGAUGUCAGCAGACGAGCUCCUGGCCUCAGAAGCUGUUGCUGUGACCUUUGCAGAGAAGCUGAUGGGGAAGUUCUCGAUAGUGGUGCCGGUUUUUGUGGCCUUGUCCUGCUUCGGAUCCAUGAAUGGCGGCCUCUUCGCUUUAUCAAGAAUGUUUUUCGUAGCAUCCCGAGAAGGACAGCUCCCUGAGGUUUUGUCUAUGAUCCAUGUCCACAGGCACACUCCACUGGCUGCUGUCCUCAUACUGUACCCUAUGACCAUACUCCAGGUGUUUGUGGGAGACAUCUACAGCCUGUUGAACUUCAUGAGCUUCCUGCGGUGGCUGUUCAUUGGUGUGGUGGUGCUGGGCCUAAUCUACCUCCGAUAUACAAAGCCUGACCUCCCCCGCCCCUUUAAGGUCCCGCUCUUCAUCCCAGUGGUGUUCUGCCUCACAUGUUUCUUCAUGGUCUUUCUGUCUCUGUACUCGGACCCGGUCAACACAGGGAUUGGAUUUGCCAUUUCCCUCACUGGCAUCCCUGCCUACUACAUCUUCAUUUACUUCAACCACAGACCAAAGUGGCUUCAGAGGGCUUUAGAUUCCUUCAACAGAACCUUGCAGAUCAUCCUGGUUGUCGUCCCUGCUGAGCAGUAACAGUUCAGAUCAUCACCUCUUUGGUCCCCGCUAAUCACACAUACAUGUAUAUACUGAGCUGAUCUCCAUCUCAGAGAAAAACUGGUGUUGUGCUCAUUUAGUACAAAGUAAAAUCAUGAAUGUCUCUGCUGAAUGUGAGUGAGUUAACAUAAUGUGUUUUAAUGAAGAACAGAGCAAGUCCCUGCACAUUAUACAAACAUUGUCUGGACUAAUGUGAUUUUAUCAGAAAAUGAUUCUUUAUAGAAAGGUCUAAGUAAAAUAAAAGCAACCACAGACUCAAGUAUGUUAUUUCAGUAGAUUAGUUCACUGUUUGGUGCUAUCUGAGUAUCAUGUAGCUGGUUCAGAUUUGGAUCCAGUUGCAGGUAAAAAAUACCAAACUUUGCUCCAUGGCUAACAAAUCUAACCCUGAGCCUAUCCUUUAUAUUGCAAUGUGCAAAAUAAUCAGUUAACAUUAGUCUGCUUCUCAUUUUUAGAUAUACUACUAGAAAUGCCAGAGACAUUUCCUUGAUUUUAAAAUAUAGUUAGUAUUAAAACUAACAUCAUAAAGUUCUUUUUUUGACUUUGAACAAUGAUGGCACGUGAGUGACCCAUCGUCUGGGGUGUCUUCUUAGUAGCAUAUAAGCAUAUAAAAAAACAACUGCUCCUUCAAAAAUUGAUUGUAUUGUUACAUCACCAUCAUCAUUUUGAGUAUGAACAAUGAUAGAAAAAGACCUGAGUCAUCCAUCUUCUGGGGUGUCUUCUUAGCAGCGUGUAAAAUAAAAACAGUUUCUUAUGAAAACUAAAAUGUAGCAUUGCUUGUUGUAGUCAUAAACAAAUACAAACAAAAUAAACAAUCCUGUUUUAUAUGGAA